AUGGAAGCCCCUCUUAUGAGUGCACCACAUGAACUAGUGCCGAGUCCCAGUACUGAUCUUGAAGGGGAUACGAUUCUAAUUGAUCCUGAGAACUACCUAAAUGACUUGCCUCAUCGCAAUACAAAAAAGGCUCUAGCGCGUGGAGAGUUACAAUGGUUGCAAAGGUCCGCACUUCGCAAGCACUUUCGACUCUCUGAGACAGAUGAUUUGACCACGGCUAGCUGUCUACAUUGCGGAAAAACCUUCGACGAAAGCAGUUCUACGGGAAAUCUCUCCAAGCACGUCAAGAACUUUCAUCCCCAUCAUUACAGAAGUCAAAAGGCUAAAAUGUUAAAGGAUCGUUCACCAGACUCUCUGAUCAUGAAAACCCGCUCGUUUCCGCUGCCGAGUGAUAUCGUUCGCGAAUGUGCGAAUAGCCCUGGCUCCAUCGCGGCAAUUAGUUUUUUGACAGAAAGACUGCUGCCAUUUUCGUUUGUUAGCUCUAAAACGUGGAAAUGGAUUGGUAAAGCAUGUCCAGAAAUGUCAUUUAUUCAGUCUCGCACUGCGAUAGAUACAAAACUCGAAACCUACUCCCAAUGGUUUGACCAGGCACUCGUUGCGGCGAUGGAACACACCGACUUUAUAAACUUGGAAUUAAAUGUUUGGUCUGGAGGUAAUGGUCGUUCCUAUUUGGGUAUUGCAGCCUCUUUUGCUCCUAAUCUGCUGAAUGAAAAGUUGUUGCAAGGCGUUGGGGCACAGGCAUUACUGAAUAACCGUGGAGAGUCCAAUAACAGUCACCUUCUGGACUUUAUUGAUAUCAGCGACUCACGUCAUACAAGUGAAAGUCUGUAUACCACGGUCGUAGAGGUUCUAAGCCGAUUCAAAAUAACAAACAAAGUCCUGUCCAUCACCACUGGCAAUGUCACUAAUAAUACGGCCCUGCAUUCACUCCUUCUACAAAAUCUUAUAAAACCUUCGAGGACGACAGCAUUUCAAAAGACAAGAAACUUUCAUCAUAUUCGCUGCGCACGUCACAUAUUGAAUCUUCUGUUUCAGGAUAUCGUGAGAAGGCUGAAGGAAGAUGAAAGGUUUGAAAAAGGCCUGAGAAAUGUUGGCGCAUUCGCCGAAAUAUUCAAAAGAUCAUCGCUUUUAAGGUCUGCUCUAGAAAAUGCUGGCCUACCAUUAGUACCCUCAGCUCCCGAAACGCAAUGAAUGUCCGUUUGGAAACAGAUCGCUACAUUUCUAAAGCAUUACGAAGGAUACUUAGGGUGGGUCAAAAGCUUGAAAUCAAAUGAACAGUUUCAUAACAUCCUUUCGAAAAUAGAAAUGCGGCUCCAGAUUUCGGACGAAGCAGUACAACUCUUAGAGUAUUUUGCAGGCUGUUGCUCAAUCUUCCAGCAGAUGAAUGAUAUUUUGCAAAAUAAUGGUGCAAACAACAUAGCUAAUGCAGUCAUUCUCUAUAACACAAUGAGGGAGUUUUAUGACCUAUGCAGUAGUGGUGACACGGAGAUUGUACCAGCUCCUCCACUAGGGUUUUUCGAUUUUACCUUCAUCAAUGGGAAGUCUGACCUUUCUGAUGACAUAAAGAGUAUUGUUUUGAGAGCUAUUAUCUCUUCCAGGCCAAAAUUCGACGAAUACUUUGAGCUUUACAGGAAGAACGACAUAUACUUUGUUGCCGCGUUCUUGAAUCCUAGUAUCAAAUACGAUUGUUUCAAAGAACUUUUUUCUGAGGAGGAGGAAUCAGAGCACUUAAGAAGGGUAGAGGCAUAUGUCAAGAUCUACCUCAAGCAGUGCCAAGCCGAAAAAUAUCCGUGUAAUGACAAUAUGCUGAAGCUGGUGAACUCUAAUCGCGUCACCAAGUUCACAAGGCCAAUAUUGCGCCUCAAACAGCCUCGAGAGAAAAUCUCUAAACUUCUGGAAGAAUGGGAGAACUAUAAGGCUGAUUCCCGCUUAUCUUCAGAUUCUGUGACGGAUGCCGUUGAGUGGUGGUUUUCGCGACGUCUGGUCUACCCUCAUUUGUUUCCGUUGGCUAUAUCCAUGAUGUACACAAAGUUCAGCAGUUUCAACACUGAAAGAACGCUAUCUAUCAGUGAAAAAUUGACGAAAUGCGACCAUGGAGGUUUGGGAAGCGCUAAUGCGAGAAUGAUUAUGGUUUUGAGAGACCGCUUUUUCAAUUUUGGUCUUUACGACGAGGAGCUUUUUGAGGAUGAAUGCAAUGAUGAUAGUGAUGAUAAUGAUGAUGGUACUGAUAAUGAUGAUGGUACUGAUAGUGAUGAUGGUACUGAUAAUGAUGAUGGUACUGAUUAUGAUGAUUUUGACAAUCGCUGGGCGGUGUAA